AUGCUCAAAGAACAAUCAGCCCGCAGGGAAAGUGAACAUAAAACCUCUCUGGAGAUCCAUAUCGACAACUUGAAAAUAUUCAUUCCCUUUUAUCUACUCAUUCUACUAACAGGAAUUCAUUCUCAGCAACCAGCUUUCCGCAGCAGCAGCAGAGACGACGCCCCGAGGGGAGAGGCUGGUGGGGAGGCGCCCGCAGUCCGUCCCCGGGCUCCAGCGCAGAGUUGCAGCCCCGCCGCGACCUCUGUCCGGACCCAGACAGGGACCCUGGACCCGGGAGAGGAAGAACGGAGAGGAGUGCAGCCCGGCUCCCGGCGGCGAGCGGACAAAGCCUUCCUGAAGGUCACUCCGAGUGACCUCGAGACCACGCGAUCCAGCGCUUCCAUCCCUGAGUCGUCGAGGAACUACUCCCAGCUGUUUGCGGCUGCGGUGGGCAACGUGGAAUGGCUGCGAUUCUGUCUGAAUCAGGACCACGGGGGGGCGGGGAGACUGCGGCCUCUAAGCCCCACCUGCGCUGACUCCAGCGCUUCCAUCCCUGAGUCGUCGAGGAACUACUCCCAGCUGUUUGCGGCUGCGGUGGGCAACGUGGAAUGGCUGCGAUUCUGUCUGAAUCAGGACCACGGGGAGAUCCAGAGAGACCGCAAGGGGUUCACUGCCAUCCACUUCGCAGCCCAGCGGGGCAAGCUCGCAUGCAUGAAGGUUUUGAUAGAGGAGUACAAGGUUCCAGUGGACCUGCCCACCUACAGUGGCCAGACCCCCCUGCAUCUCGUCAUGCAUAAGGACAACAAGACCAUGGCUGUCCCCUGCAUUCUCUACUUGCUCAAGAAGGGGGCCUCCAUCAACAGUCGGACAGGCAAUGGCUUCACACCCCUGCACCUGGCAGCCCAAGAAGGCUUGCUGGGCUGCAUGAAGACCCUGGUGCAGAGUGGUGCCAAUGUCCGUGCCCAGGAUGCCACAGGCUGCAAGCCCAUCGACUACUGCAAAAUAUGGAACCACCGUGCCUGUGCCCGGUUCUUGAAGGAUGCCAUGUGGAAACAGGACAAGAAGGAUUUUGCUUGUGAGAUGAGGAAACUGAAGCGCCUCAAGGACCAGCUGACACUCAUGGAGCAAAACUACCUGCUUGAGUAUCAAAAAGAACACCAACUCCUGAGAGAGGAGGAUUUCAGGAAAUGGCUUCAUCGCAAGCUGCUUCAAUCCUCAGUCUCCAACCGUAAGCAAGAGGCUGGUGCCCCAACUUGCCCCAGUGCCCUUUGUAAGACCCCAGGAUCCCAGAUUUCCAAGAGCUUCUACCGUUUCGUGGAGGCCCGCCUGAAAAGCACGCCUCAGCCCAAGGUGCCACCCAAGCCAAUCUACAGGCAGCCUAAAAUCAGUCGGCCCAAGUUGUGGAAUCUUAGCAAUAACCCUGCCAGAUCCUGCCCAUUCAGCAUCAGCUGCCCACAGGACAUCCGUCUGGGUGUUCACCCCGACCCCUGUCAGGAGCACGAUUUCCGCAACUUCGUGGAGGUGACACGGAACGCACACGGUGGUGCGCAGCUGCGCACAGUGGAUGGCCACUGGGUGGCGCCCAUACCGCAGCUCCCUUUUGAAGUGAUGGUCCGCAUGCUGCACCCAGGAGUGCGGCCAUACAGGAUGAAGGUGCCCCAGGGAUUUUGUGUAAAGAGCAUACUGGACAUACCCCAGAGGCGGCAUCCGGGGCAGGACACCUUCUGGACUGACACUAUGGCCAUGAACCUGCGUGAGACAUUUGACAAAGCCUUCCUGGCAUCUAUGCAAGCUCAUGGAGGGCUCCCUGCCUUGCCCUCCUCUCCAGCUGCCUUAUAAAGGUCCAGACUGGGCAAAGGAAAGCUGUUUUGUCACCCUGGCAUGCGAUUCCCUGCUCCUAUGGACUACCGUCUCU